AUGCGGGCCGGACGAGGUGGUCGGAGAUGGAGCAUCCCAGGGACUCCGCGCCAGCCACGCAUACAGCCGUCCACUGCACCUGGACGGUACCUCCUAGCCCAAAAGGAAGAGUAUCAACGUUUGAAUGCAGAAUUGGAGGCAAAAACAGCUGACUUGGUUCAACAAGCUGAGGAAGUAAUUAGAGAUCAGCAAGAGGUACGAGCUCGGCCUGCUUCACAAAUUAAAUCUUAUGCAGAGAAGGAUGAUGACAAUUUAAGAGAUCUGUUAUCAUCUGAAGAGACAAUUCAUCUUUAUUCAGAAACUAAGCCAAAGACCAAAAAUGCUGCUCCAGUAAACAAGGUUCAAAACAAACUACACUCCACAAAUAAUGGAAAGAAAAAAAAACCAAGCAUAAAACUGAAAUACUCUGAUGGACAAAAUGCCAAUGUUGCCAUUCCAGAAGAUUUCUCAGAUUUUUCUCUUGCAAAAACAAUUAGCAAAAUUGAAGGGCAACUGGAUGAAAACGGCUUAUCUGAAUAUGUAGAUGAUGAUAUUUUCUCUGGUGUUAGUAAAGACACUGGAAUGGAGGCUCAGAUCAGAUUUCUAAAGGACAAUCUCCGUGUUAUGCAGGAGGAACCGGAUAAUGUUGUACAUGAAUGCAAUAAAAAGGAGAAUGAAAUUCAGGAUUUAAAGCUCCAGGUAAAGAAUUUUGAAGAUGAUUGUGUGAGACAACAGCGUCUGAUUAAUAUACAACAGUCUCAAAUAGAAAAAUAUAAAAUUCUUUCAGAAAAAGCAAACAAAAAAUGUGAUGGAUUACAGCAACAAUUGUCUUCAGAAUGGGAAUUAGAAAAUAAAAGAAGAUUACAGAAACAAGCUGCCACCAGUCAAAGUGCUACAGUAGUUUGACUGAACAGAGCCCUUGAGGAAGCAGAAAAGUACAAGUUGGAGUUAAAUAAGUUAAAGCAGAAUAACAAGGAUAUAACAAAUGAAGAACAGAAAAAAAUUGAAGCUUUAAAAUCAGAAAACAAGAAACUAGAAAAACAAAAAGGAGAGUUGAUAGGGUUCAAGAAACAAUUAAAAUUAAUUGAUGUUUUAAAAAGGCAGAAGAUGCAUAUUGAAGCUGCCAAGAUGCUGUAUUUCGCUGAAGAGGAAUUUAUGAAGGCAUUAGAAUGGGGAAAUUCAUAA